AAACAGACGGUAGAAUAUACAGUAAUCAAACGACAACCGUCCGGCGAAAUCAGAGCGCAGACUUGGCGCCCCUGUUGAUGAGAUGGUCGAGUCCUCGUCAAGGUUGCUGUGGUAUCCGAGCACCAACGCUCACUUCUUGCUGUGACUGCACGCCAGCCACAACGACAGAUACAUUGCGCCUUGCUAAGAAAAAGCAACAGCAAAAUAAUAACUAGCUUGAUGUGAAAAUGAAAGCAAUUAUUAAAGAGGGGUGUUACGCUAAACCGACGGAAUUCUCGAACGUUUUCAAAAGCGGAUGUAAUACAUGUGGUCUAGUUGACUUUUUUCAAGCUAAGAAAAUGAGGAUUAAAACUGGAGUUAUAUUGUGGAAUCUCGUUUUUUUAAUGAUGAUCACAUAUGUGCGCGGUUUCGUAUAUACAUGUGGUGGGACAUUAAAAGGGAGGAACGGUACCAUUGAAAGCCCUGGUUUUCCACAUGGGUACCCAAAUGGUGCAAACUGUACCUGGGUUAUCGUAGCCGAGGAGGGGAACAGAAUUCAGAUUAUCUUUCAGUCUUUUGCUGUGGAGGAGGAAUACGACUUCUUAUCACUGUAUGAUGGACGCCCUCACCCAGCAAAUUUCAGAACAAGGUUAACAGGAUUCCAAAUCCCUCCACCUGUCAUGAGCACAGGAUCUGUCUUUUCACUGCGCCUCACCAGUGACUUUGCUGUGAGUGCACAUGGAUUUAAGCUUUAUUAUGAAGAGUUGCAGAGCAGUUCUUGUGGAAAUCCAGGAGUCCCCCCAAAAGGCAUCCUGUACGGGACACGCUUCAAUGUGGGGGACAAAAUCCGGUACAGCUGUGUGACAGGCUACGUCCUGGAUGGGCACCCGCAACUCACCUGCGUCACCAACACUGGCAAUGCAGCUGUGUGGGACUUCCCUGUCCCCAUCUGUAGAGCUGAGGACACAUGUGGUGAUACUCUGAGGGGUUCAAGUGGCAUCAUUUCAAGCCCCAAUUUCCCGAGUGAAUAUUACAAUAGUGCGGACUGUACGUGGACCAUACUUGCUGAUCCUGGAGACACCAUCUCCGUCAUUUUUACAGACUUCCAGAUGGAGGACAAGUAUGACUACUUGGAAGUGGAAGGGUCUGAGCCGCCAACAAUAUGGUUAUCUGGGAUGAAUAUUCCAUCACCCAUUGUCAGCAACAAGAACUGGCUGAGGCUUCACUUUGUAACUGACAGUAACCAUCGGUACAGAGGUUUCAGUUCUCAUUAUCUAGUGAAAAGGUCCAUAGAUUAUAAAUCUAGAGGAGUAAAAUUAUUCCCAAGCAAAGAAAACAGCAACAAGGUUUCUAUCUUAAAUGAAGGAGGGAUUAAACAGGCCUCCAAUUCUUGCCCAGAUCCAGGGGAACCAGAAAAUGGGAAACGCUUAGGCUCAGACUUCAGCAUUGGAGCCAUGGCUCAGUUCACUUGCGAUGAGGACCAUGUGCUGCAAGGAUCGAAAACCAUCACCUGUCAGAGGGUGGCAGAGGUCUUUGCUGCUUGGAGUGAUCACCGGCCGGUGUGUAAAGUGAAAACAUGUGGAUCCAAUCUUCAAGGACCUGCUGGCACAUUCACGUCACCAAAUUUUCCCAUUCAGUAUGAAAGCAACUCUCAGUGUGUGUGGAUAAUUACUGCCAGCAAUCCCAAUAAGGUAAUUCAGAUUAACUUUGAAGAGUUUGACCUGGAAAUUGGAUAUGACACAUUAACCAUUGGAGACGGAGGGGAAGUUGGUGAUGCCAGAACAAUACUGCAGGUGCUGACGGGUAGUUUUGUCCCUGACCUAAUCGUAAGCAUGACCCAUCAGAUGUGGCUCCACCUUCAGUCGGAUGAGAGUGUAGGAUCAAUUGGAUUCAAGAUCAACUACAAAGAGAUUGACAAAGAGAGCUGUGGAGAUCCUGGUACUCCCCUAUAUGGAUAUCGGGAAGGAAAUGGCUUCUCCAAUGGGGAUGUGCUGCGCUUUGAAUGCCAGUUUGGGUUUGAACUCAUCGGAGAGAAGACAAUAUCCUGUCAAAAUAACAACCAGUGGUCUGCUAACAUUCCCAUCUGCAUCUUUCCAUGUUUAUCAAAUUUCACCGCUCCAAUGGGGACAGUUCUGUCACCGGACUAUCCUGAGGGAUAUGGGAACAACUUGAACUGUGUUUGGCUGAUCAUCUCGGAGUCCGGGAGCAGGAUUCACCUGGCCUUCAAUGAUUUUGACCUGGAGGCACCUUAUGAUUUCUUGACUGUGAAGGAUGGGGAGCUGCUGGACUCAUCCAUCCUAGGACGCUUCUCCGGGGCUGAGGUGCCCUCCCACCUUACAAGCAACACCAACAUCCUGCGUCUUGAGUUCCAGGCUGACCACUCCAUGUCUGGCCGUGGUUUUAACAUCACCUACAGCACUUUUGGCCACAAUGAGUGUCCUGAUCCUGGGAUUCCUACAAAUGCUCGACGCUUUGGGGACAAUUUCCAGCUGGGCAGCACUAUUUCCGUGAUCUGUGAGGAGGGCUUCAUCAAGACCCAGGGCACAGAAACCAUUACCUGUGAAUUAGAUAACGGAAAGGUGAUGUGGAGUGGGCCCAUUCCAAAAUGUGAAGCCCCUUGUGGAGGUCACUUUUCCACCCAAAGUGGGGUAAUCCUCUCCCCUGGGUGGCCAGGGUAUUACAAGGACUCUCUCAGCUGUGAGUGGGUCAUUGAAGCAGAGGCUGGACACUCCAUCAAGAUCACCUUUGACAGAUUUCAGACAGAACUGAACUAUGACUUUUUAGAGCUUCAUGAUGGGCCUAAUCUGCUCUCCCCUCUUAUCGGAUCCUUCAAUGGAACACAAGUCCCUCAGUUCCUCUUCAGUAGCAGCAACCAGCUCUAUCUGCUCUUCACGACUGAUAAUAGUCGCUCCAACAGCGGCUUUAAGAUCUACUAUGAAAGUGUAACAGUGGACACCUAUUCUUGCCUGGACCCUGGGAUCCCUGUCAAUGGGCUGCGCUAUGGUCAGGACUUUUCCAUUGGGUCAACUGUGUCAUUUGGCUGUGACCCAGGGUACAGGUUGAACCAUGAGGAGCCCCUUGUCUGUGAGAAGAAUCAUUGGUGGAGCCAUCCACUGCCUACAUGUGAUGCUCUCUGUGGCGGUGAUGUCCGAGGUCCUAGAGGAACAAUUCUGUCCCCUGGAUACCCUGAGAUGUAUCCCAACUCACUGAACUGCACCUGGACAGUGGAAGUCAGCCAUGGAAAAGGGGUCCAAUUUACCUUUCACACCUUCCAUUUGGAGGAUCACCAUGACUACUUACUGAUCACAGAGAACGGGAGCUUCAUUCAACCCCUGGCUCGACUCACUGGCUCAGAGCUCCCCUUCCCAAUCAAUGCUGGCCUUUAUGGAAACUUCAAAGCUCAGUUGCGCUUCAUCUCAGAUUUCUCAAUAUCCUAUGAAGGAUUCAACAUCACAUUCUCAGAAUACAGACUGGAACCAUGCGAGGACCCAGGAGUGCCACAGUUUGGGCAGCGCAAUGGUUAUAGCUUUGGUAUUGGAGACAAGCUCAUAUUCUCCUGCGAUAUGGGCUAUCGCCUUGAGGGGUCACCAGAGAUCAUCUGCCUGGGAGGUGGUCGUCGUAUGUGGAGCGCACCUCUGCCAAGGUGUGUGGCGGAGUGCGGCUCAUCCAUCACCAACAAUGAAGGAAUCCUGUUGUCGCCAAACUAUCCUAUGAACUAUGAGAACAAUCAUGAGUGCAUCUACAGCAUCCAAGUGCAGGCGGGAAAGGGCAUCAAUAUCUCAGCCAGAACGUUCCACCUGGCCCAGGGUGAUAUCUUAAAGAUCUAUGAUGGGAAAGACAACUCAGCACAUUUGCUAGGGGCAUUCACUGGCUCUGCAAUGAUAGGCCUCACACUCAUCAGCACUUCAAAUCACCUGUGGCUGGAGUUCUACUCUGAUACUGAGUUCACAGGAGAGGGCUUCAAGCUGGUCUACUCCAGUUUUGAGCUUUCACACUGUGAGGACCCUGGGAUGCCCCAGUUUGGGUUCAAGGUCAGUGACCAGGGCCAUUUCUCUGGCAGCACCAUCACCUACAGGUGCAACCCAGGCUACACUCUGCAUGGCAGCAGCAUCCUGAAGUGUAUGACUGGAGAAAGACGGGCAUGGGAUAAUCCUCUACCCUCCUGCAUAGCCGAGUGCGGAGGAAGAUUCAAAGGUGAAUCUUCAGGUCGCAUCCUGUCUCCUGGAUACCCAUUUCCUUAUGACAACAACCUCCGUUGCACCUGGACCAUCGAGGUAGACUCAGGCAACAUUGUCAGCUUGCAAUUCCUCGCAUUUGACACCGAGGCAUCCCACGACAUUCUGAAAGUGUGGGAUGGCCCACCAGAGAAUGAGAUGUCUUUGCGGGAAGUGAGCGGAUCACUGCUCCCUGAAGGCAUCCACAGCACGCUGAACAUGGUGACCAUACAGUUUGAGACCGAUUUUUACAUCAGCAAGUCUGGCUUCGCCAUUGAGUUCUCCAGCUCAGUGGCAACUGCCUGCAGGGAUCCAGGUGUGCCUAUGAAUGGCACUCGAAAUGGAGAUGGGAGAGAGCCUGGCGACACUGUCUCCUUCCUCUGUGACCCAGGGUAUGAGCUGCAAGGUGAGAUGAAGAUCACCUGCAUUCAAGUGGAAAACAGAUACUACUGGCAGCCUAGUCCUCCAGUCUGUAUAGCUCCCUGCGGUGGAAAUCUGACAGGGCCCUCUGGGUUCAUCCUGUCUCCAAACUACCCACAUCCCUACCCUCACAGCAAGGACUGUGAUUGGCUAAUAGCUGUCAACUCUGACUAUGUACUCUCACUAGCCUUCAUCAGUUUCAGCAUUGAACCCAACUAUGACUUCCUGUACAUCUACGAUGGGCCAGAUAGCAACAGCAACCUCAUCGGGAGCUUUCAAGACAGCAAGUUGCCAGAGAGAAUUGAGAGCAGUUCCAACACCAUGCAUUUAGCUUUUCGCAGUGAUGGAUCUGUGAGCUACACUGGCUUUCACCUGGAAUACAAAGCCAAACUGCGGGAGUCAUGCUUUGAUCCAGGCAGUGUGAUGAAUGGAACCAGGCUGGGGAGUGACUACAAGCUGGGCUCUACUGUAACCUUCUACUGUGAGCCAGGAUAUGUGCUCCAAGGCUACUCUACUCUUACCUGCAUCUUGGGUGACGAUGGCCGACCUGGCUGGAACAGAGUACUACCAAGUUGCCAAGCUCCAUGUGGCAGCCGGUCCAUAGGGUCAGACGGGACAGUGCUAUCACCAAACUACCCUCGAAACUACACAGUGGGCCAGAGCUGUGUGUAUGCCAUCUCUGUUUCCAGGGAAUUUGUGCUGUUUGGGCAGUUUGUGCUCUUCCAAACGUCUCUCAAUGAUGUAGUGGACAUCUAUGAUGGACCUACCCAGCAGUCUCCACUGCUCUCCUCACUCUCUGGGUCACACUCAGGAGAGUCUCUACCCUUAAGUACAGGGAACCAGAUCACCAUCAAGUUCACGACCGUGGGACCGGAGACAGCCAAAGGAUUUCAUUUUGUCUACCAAGCUGUUCCGAGGACAAGCGCAACCCAGUGUAGUUCGGUGCCUGAGCCAAGGUUUGGGAAGCGGAUCGGGAAUGAUUUUGCAGUCGGUGCAACUGUGCUGUUUGAAUGCAAUCCAGGGUACAUUCUGCAUGGCUCCACAGCCAUUAGGUGUGAGACAGUCCCCAAUGCCCUGGCCCAGUGGAAUGACUUGCUGCCCACGUGUGUCGUGCCCUGUGGAGGACAUCUGACUGAACGCCGAGGAACCAUUCUCUCUCCAGGUUAUCCGGAACCCUACGACAACAAUUUGAAUUGUGUGUGGAAGGUGUCAGUGCCCGAGGGAGCUGGAAUCCAAAUCCAAGUUAUAAGCUUUGCCACAGAGCACAACUGGGACUCUCUGGAUUUCUAUGAUGGGGCAGACAACAAUGCCCCCAGACUCGGAAGCUACUCAGGGACAACAAUCCCACAGCUCUUGAACAGCACAUCAAACAACUUGUACCUGAACUUCCAGUCAGACAUCAGUGUGUCAGCAGCUGGGUUCCACUUGGAGUACACAGCAAUUGGGUUGGAUUCCUGCCCAGAGCCUCAAACUCCCAACUAUGGGAUUAGAGUGGGGGACCGCUACAUGGUGGGGGAUGUAGUACAGUUCCAGUGUGAACAAGGCUACUCUCUGCAGGGGAACCCUUAUAUUACCUGCAUGCCUGGUCCUGUCCGAAGAUGGAAUUACCCUGUGCCUCUGUGUCUUGCUCAGUGUGGUGGGUCGAUGACAGACUUCAGUGGAGUGAUUCUGAGCCCCGGAUUUCCUGGAAACUAUCCCAGUGGUCUGGACUGCACCUGGACGAUCAAACUUCCCAUUGGCUUUGGAAUUCACCUGCAAUUCAUAAAUUUCUCUACGGAAGCUAUCCAUGACUAUCUGGAGGUCCGGAGUGGAUCUGUACCGGCAGGAACAGUGAUUGACAGGUUCAGUGGGCCACUAGUUCCAGAGCCGUUCUUCAGCACAACCCAUGAGACCAGUUUCUUCUUCCACAGUGACUACUCUCAAAACAAGCCUGGCUUCCACAUCACUUACCAGGCCUAUCAGCUGCAGAGCUGUCCUGACCCCCGGCCUUUCCGCAAUGGCAUUGUGAUCGGCACUGACUUCAGCGUCGGCAUGACAGUGUCGUUUGAGUGCCUGCCAGGGUAUUCCCUCACUGGUGAGGCCUCACUCACCUGUCUGCAUGGUAUCAGCAGAAACUGGAAUUACCCUGUGCCACGAUGUGAAGCUCUUUGUGGGGGCAACACCACAUCCAUGAAUGGGACCAUUUACUCCCCAGGACACCCUGCAGAAUACCCCAACUUUCAAGACUGUGUUUGGAGUGUCCGAGUUCCACCUGGAAAUGGAAUUUACAUUAACUUUACUGUUCUCAGUACGGAGCCCAUCUAUGAUUAUAUCACAGUUUGGGAUGGGCCGGACCAGAGUUCCCCUCAAAUCGGACAGUUCAGUGGAAACACAGCGCUGGAGUCUGUUUACAGCACCUCCAAUCAGAUCCUCAUCAAGUUCCACAGUGACUUCAGUGGCAGCGGAUUCUUUGUUCUCAGUUACCAUGCGUACCAGCUGAGAGUUUGUCAACCAUCUCCUGCUGUAGCCAAUGCAGAAGUUCUGAUUGACGACGAUGAAUUUGAAAUAGGAGACAUCAUUAGAUACCAGUGUCAUCCUGGAUUCACACUGGUGGGGAACGAGAUCCUGACCUGUAGGCUAGGGGAGCGACUGCAGAUGGACGGCCCACCUCCAGUGUGCCAAGUGCAAUGUCCAGCUCAUGAUGUACGCUUUGAUUCAACUGGAGUAAUUUUGAGUCCAGGCUUUCCAGACAGCUACCCCAAUCUGCAGAUGUGUUCCUGGAGCAUCAGCGUGGAGAAGGGUUACAACAUCACCCUUCACUUUGAGUUCUUCCAAACUGAGAGGGAGUUUGACAUCCUGGAAGUCUUUGAUGGGUCCAGCAUCCACAGCCAGACUCUGGCCACCCUCAGUGGAGACCUCCCCACACCCUUCAACAUCACCACUACUGGCCACCAGCUGCUGCUGCGCUGGUCUGCUGACCAUGGGACCAACAAGAAGGGUUUUCGCAUCAGAUAUGUUGGUGAGUAUCAAACGCUGUACUGCAGCACGCCUGAAUCUCCUCCACACGGCUCUAUCAUCAGCCAGACUGGGGGCCAACUCAACAGCCUGGUGCGCUGGACCUGUGACCGUGGAUACAGGCUAAUUGGAAAGAGUACAGCUGUAUGCCGAAAGACUCCACAUGGAUAUUAUGCUUGGGACUCUCCUGUCCCAGCAUGUCAAGCUGUGUCCUGUGGUGUGCCCAAAGCCCCACCGAACGGAGGUGUGCUGGCUGCAGAUUACUCUGUGGGUACACGUGUGACCUACUUCUGCAAUGAUGGCUACCGUCUAUCCUCCAAGGAGCUGACAAGUGCCAUCUGCCAACCCGACGGCACAUGGAGUAACCAUAACAAAAUCCCACGGUGUUCAGUGGUGGUGUGUCCAAGCAUUGGCUCCUUCUCCCUGGAGCAUGGGAGGUGGAGGAUUGUUAACGGCUCCCAUUAUGAGUACAGGACCAAAGUCAUCUUCAGCUGUGACCCUGGGUACUACCGCCUGGGGCCUGCCCACAUCCAAUGCAUGGCCAAUGGGGUGUGGAGCUGGAGGAAUGAAAGGCCACACUGCCAGAUAAUUUCCUGUGGAGAGCUUCCCACCCCUCCUAAUGGGAAUAAAAUUGGAACACAGACGACCUUUGGAGCCACUGCCAUUUUCAACUGUGAUACUGGAUACGUGCUGGUGGGCUCGAUUGUGCGAGAGUGCCUGUCAUCAGGACUGUGGAGUGGAACAGAGAUCCGAUGCCUCGCGGGCCACUGUGGAAUCCCAGAGCAAAUUGUCAAUGGUCAAGUGAUUGGGGAGAAUUUUGGUUACAGAGACACAGUGGUGUACCAAUGCAACCCUGGAUUCCGGCUCAUUGGCUCCUCUGUACGAAUCUGCCAGCAGGACCACAACUGGUCUGGACAGCUUCCAGUUUGUGUGUCCAUUAGUUGCGGUCACCCAGGUAGCCCCAUCUACGGGCGCACCAUUGGGAAUGGCUUUAACCUGAAUGAUGUGGUGAGCUUCUCCUGCAACACAGGAUAUAUCCUGGAAGGCCCCUCACGGGCACAGUGCCAGGCCAAUCGUCAGUGGAGCCAUCCACCACCAACAUGUAAAGGUGGGGAAAAAAUGGUGAAUUGCUCAGAUCCGGGAAUCCCAGCCAAUUCAAUUCGUGAAAGUAAAAUCGAACAUGGGAACUUUACCUUUGGCACUGUGGUCUUUUUCGAUUGCAACCCAGGGUAUUAUUUGUUUGGGUCAUCUGUGCUCACCUGCCAACCUGCUGGUCACUGGGACAAACCACUACCUGAGUGCAUUGUCAUUGACUGUGGUCACCCUGGCUCACCUCCUAAUGGAAUGCUUAGUGGUGACAAGUUCACCUUUGGGUCAACAGUGCAAUACUCUUGCUCUGGGGGAAGGGAGCUAAUUGGUCAGUCAUCACGCACCUGCCAACUCAAUGGACAUUGGAGUUCCCCCAUACCCUUUUGCUCAGGAGACACCUCUGGCACCUGUGGGGAUCCUGGUACACCUGCCCAAGGGAGCAGAGAGAAGAGUGAUUUUAGGAUCCACAGUAAAGUGCAGUUCACCUGCUCUACAGGCUACACUCUGUAUGGCUCAGCCAACAGGACCUGUUUUGCCAAUGGCACUUGGUCUGGGACUCAACCGAGCUGCAAACCGGUGCAGUGUGGCAACCCUGGAACCCCCAGCAACGGUCGUGUGUUCCGCAUAGAUGGGACCAUUUUCUCCCACUCUGUCAUCUACUCCUGUAUGGAUGGCUACUUGCUCUCUGGUUCCUCCACACGUCAGUGCCUUGCCAAUGGCACCUGGUCUAGUAACAUUCCAAACUGCACCAAGAUAAAUUGCGGGGAGCCUGGAGUACCGGCCAAUGGGUUGAAAUACGGGGAUGACUAUUCCAUUGGGCAGAAUGUUACCUAUGUAUGCCAGCCAGGGUAUACCACGGAGGCCGGAAGCUCUAUAGUUCGUACCUGCACAGGAAAUGGCACCUGGAGUGGCCUCAUACCAACUUGUAAAGCUGUCACUUGUGUCACACCCCCUACCAUCUCAAAUGGGAUCCUAGAGGGAACAGACUUUGAGUGGGGAACGAGUGUAAGCUACAGCUGCUCACCAGGAUAUGAGCUUUCCUUCCCAGCCAUUCUAACCUGUGUGGGAAAUGGCACCUGGAGUGGUGAGGUGCCCCAAUGCCUACCCAAGUUCUGUGGGGAUCCUGGUGUCCCUGCCCGAGGCAUAAGAGAGGGUCGCAGUUUCAUCUACCAGUCAGAAGUCUCUUUCAGCUGCAGUGCCCCCUACAUUCCAGUGGGAUCUACUAUACGUAUCUGCCAGGCUGAUGGUUCCUGGAGUGGAUUCCAGCCACGAUGUAUAGAACCAACACACACCACAUGUGAGAACCCUGGGACACCCCGGCAUGGCUCCCUCAACAGGACUACUGGCUUCAAGGUGGGCAGUGUGGUAGAGUUCCAGUGCCAGCCUGGACACUUGCUUCUGGGGUCCACAACACGACUUUGCCAGGCUGACCUCACCUGGAGCGGGACCCAGCCUGAGUGCAUCCCCCAUUCCUGCAAACAGCCAGACAGCCCACCCAGCGUCAAUGUGCUAGGGAUGGAUCUACCAUCUUUUGGGUACACCCUGAUCUACAGCUGCCAGCCAGGAUUCUUCCUGUCUGGAGGGUCUGAGCACCGAGUCUGCAAAUCAGAUGGUACCUGGACUGGGAAGAUGCCUGUGUGUCAAGCAGGCUCCAAAUUAUCUGAGAAAAUCCCUAAGCCUGUACCUGGAACACCCAGUCCAAAUCUAAAUGUUCCCGAUGAUGUCUUUGCUCCAAAUUACAUCUGGAAAGGCUCAUAUAAAUACAAGGGACGGAAGCAACCUAUGACUUUGAUGAUUACAAGCUUUAACACAACCACGGGUAGAGUUAAUGUAACAUUAUCCAACAGCAAUGUGGAGCUGCUGCUUUCAGGAGUUUAUAAAAGCCAAGAAGCACGGUUGAUGCUGUUUACAUACCAUGUGAAAGCAUCUACACAUACCACGUUGAGCAAGAUCAAAGAGGAAACAUGGUCAAUGGACGGCUUUGUGUCAGCAGAACCUGAUGGUGCAACCUAUGUAUUUCAAGGGUUCAUACAGGGUAAAGACUAUGGCCAGUUUGGACUGCAGAGACUAGGUUUGAACAUGUCAGAAAGUAAUAACUCCUCAAAUCCACACCAUGGUACAAACAGUAGCUCUGUUGCUAUAGCAAUCCUUGUGCCUUUUUUUGCCCUGAUAUUUUCAGGCUUUGGAUUUUAUCUCUAUAAACAGCGGACUGCACCGAAAACUCAGUACACUGGCUGCUCAGUCCACGAGAACAACAAUGGCCAAGCCGCAUUUGAAAAUCCCAUGUACAACACAAAUGCGAAGUCAGUUGAAGGAAAAGCAGUUCGAUUUGACCCCACCUUAAACACAGUCUGCACUAUGGUAUAAUGGAUUUGAUUCCAUGAAAACUUUUUCAUGCUUUGCAAAACUAGCAUUUUACAGUGAAUCUGGAGGGUCCAAUAGUACACUGACGUACACUGACAUUUAAAGCACACUUUUCAGGAACCAACGGCAAAUGUGCGCCAGGAAGACUUGGAAACCUUAAUGUUUUAAUGUCUCCAACUUAUACUUGGAGACUAAUUAUGUGACCUUAUGUGCACUCUGAGAGUGCUUCUUUACCGUUCUUUAUUUGGUCUUUUUUGCAUAUGUGUGAGGAGCACUGUACGCCUAUAUUUUUGCGCUAUAUUACCACAUUGGAUGGGCUGGGGUUAAGAGAUUAUAACCAUGAGUUUAUAUAAAUAUGCUCUUCACAUCAAAGAAGGCACAAAACUGUGUUACAGCUUUCAUUCUUUUUCUUUUUUUUCUUUUUUUUUAUGCCCGUCCCCCUUCAUUUAAUCAUCACUGGUAAGUUUUUCGCAUACAUAAAAAAAAAAAAAAAACAAUUAUACACAUUGUGUAGGGUCUUGGAUUUAUGUCUGAGUUUUUAUUGAUUUGAUUUUUUAAAUUAUUUGAAUCAUGAUAAUUGUAAUAAAAACAAAACAUCAAUCUUGAAGAGCAAGUAUUCCCUACAGUGUACUGCAAUCACGAACAGUGCGUUCUUGAAAAGAGUUGCUUUUCAAGAAGCACUUUGAAGACCUAGAAAAUCAGAACUGGUUCAGUCUGAAGCGUUCUUUAGAAAAUAAUAUCCCUCCCAGAAAACUGUCAAUGAAAUGAUGUUGACAAGACGACUUUGCUCGUUGUUUAAUAUACACUUGGUUUUGAUGAAGGUUGAGAAGACAGCUUUUUCUGGUCAUUUUUUGUUUCAACAUCAAACUACUUAAUUUCAAAACUCAAUUUAAAAUUAUGAUUAUAACAUAUGGCUAACCUAAUGAAUCACUACACCCUGCCGAACACCUGAUGCUGGCACACCAUUCAAGGGGGUUCACAAUCUCCAGCACAAAUUCAGAGAGUUGAGGUAAGAGACAGAAAUCAACAACAAAAUACAUUAGCUAAUUAGUCCUGUUUUAACUUCCUGUAAAAAUAACUUAUGUACUAUAUCAUAUUUUCAGUGGUUCAAAAGUUUACAUACACGUUGUUUGUAUUUGGUGGCAUUGCCUUUUAAUUGUUAAUUGCUCCUGAUGCCUCCAACUCCUUCACCAGUUCCUUUGUUGUUCUCUUGGGGUUCAUUUGAACCUUCAGACCAAAGUAAGUUCAGCCCUGGGAGUUCAUUCACCUUCCUGAACGAUGCAGUGUCUGUUUGGUCCCAAGAUUUUUAUAUUUGCAUACAAUUGUUUUUACAGAUGCGCAUUGUACCUUCAGUACCUUCAGGAAAUUGCUCCUAAGGGAAAACUUGACUUGUGGAGGUCCUUCUUUCUGAGGUCUUAGCUGAGUUGCUUGGAUGUUCCCAUGUUAUCAAGGGCAAAAAGGCAGUGGCUGUAAAGGUAGGUCCUUAAAUACAGCCACAGAUGCCAAUUCACUUCCACCUAACCCCUAAUUAUGACAAUCGGCCAAUCAGAAAAGCUUCUAAAAAGUCAUUACAAAUAUGGAAUCUUCCAGACUUUUGAGCCACUGCAAUUCUGAUAUAGUGCAUUAAAUCUACCUCUAAUUUCUCUUCCUAAUUCCUCUUCUUUUCAUCACUUCUUUCCUUUUCUUAUGCUUUCCAUAUUUACUUUUUCUUCCUUUCCUUUACUUUUUUCUGAGAUAAAUCCAUCUCUAAUUGAUUGUUUUAAAAUUAUUUCUGAUGUGAACAAAGUAGAUGCCCUAAUUGACUUGUAUGGUAAAUGUAUGGUAGCAUGAAAUGUGCGGAGUUGGUGCAAAGAGAUCCAGAGAAUGACUGCUGGAAGUUUGUGACCUAGGAACAUCAGUUCCAUUGAGAAAUUGCUCCUGCUUGUUUUGGGGGGUAGUUGCUUUAAGUUUUGCACUUCAACAUAUGUUCAAUUGGAUUCAGAUCGAGUGAAUGACUUGGCCAGUCUAGGAUUUUCCUGUUUUUUGUUUUUAAAACUUUAUAGCAUUAUUGUUUGUGAUCAUUGCUGUAGAACUAAACGAUUGGUGGUAUGUGAUUCAUCACUUACUCUUUUCUUCUUCUCCUUCUAUCCAUCUUGUCCUUUUCUUUUACUUCGUUCUUUUCAUCAGUUCUUCUCUUCUUUCCAUUUUUACUUCUGCUUCUUUCCAUCUUUACUUAUUU